UAAGUUAAAAAUUGUGUAACUUUUACGGAUUGCUUUCGUGGUAUUUGUUUGCAGAGUUGCACUUUAUAAGAAGACGCUGGCUGCCGCCACCGAAAAGUUUUAAAUUCCCAUAGAAAGGAGUCAUAGUCACAGAAUUUUGAAUCAAACGACGGGGAAAACGCAAAAAUCAUUUAUGUCCUGUGGGAAGGCAAGCAGUAUUAGAAUUGUAGACAUUCAAAAGGAAAUCAGUCUAUGAAACAAGCAGAAUAUCAGACAUCGCCGGUCAAAAGAAAGUGUCCGAAUUUAACUGCAGAUCAGGCUGUUUGAGUGAAUGCCGUUUUUGGUGGACAGUUUGUCACCUACCGAAGCAGAGUAAUUUAACAUUAAAGGACAAACCUAGCAGGAAGUUAAGGGCCUAAACUUUAGGCAGGCCUCACUAUUUUGUUUGGUAUUGACACCAUAGUGUCAAUCAGAGCACUCUGUACCGAUCUAACUAAAACUUCUUAGAUCGGAAUUUUUUUUUAUCAAGGAAAUAAUUUAAAAUAUUUAGUUUAAUGGGUCCUAAACGCCGCCCUCGAUCUAAGAAAGAAAGUACUAUUGUUAAACGAAGGGGUAAUUUGGGUGAGAGUAGCGGUACUGAAGACGACAGUGAUGCCAAUGAGACCGGGCCCCAGAAGGAUAUUACCGCUAGUUUUAGGGGUCUUCCAAAAGCCAGUGAAGCCUUCAAUACCCCAGAACAAGAUAGUAAUGCUACCGACUACGGUCUGGAAUUUACAACUAGCCGUAUACAAAGUCAACAAUCCCCGAGGCGUUGUUCAACUCUGAGAACUGGAAGUUCCCAGGAAGAGCAAACACCCAAGCGCACCACAACGCGACAAUCGAAGCAAGAAGAUUUAGCAAAGAAAGAUAUCCCCGUGAGGAAAACUACUAGGCAUACAGCCAGUCCAUCAGUAAGCUUCGAACAGCAACAAGAAUAUGAACGUAAUGACGCAACCGAAAGUGCGGAAGUGGAACAAGGAGCCGCAACUAGUAAAAGAUCAACUAGACAGUCUGAACAGUCCAAAGAAAAACCAUCCGCUAACGAAAAUGUCACGGUCGAACAGGCAAAAUCCACGCUUACUUCCUCACCACAAAAAUCAAAAAAACAGGCCCGACCCCAAACGAAACAAAAUGCACAAAAUACGGAUUUGGAUAACGAAACGCGACAAAGUAAGCCAAAACAGACACGUAAACAACAGAAACCCCAACAAUUGAAUGCUCGAUUUUUGCGUGAUGUCAAAUAUCUACAAAAUAGGACGGAAUUUUUAAUACCACGUCUACCAUUUUCUCGAGUGGUGCGUGAAAUUCUCAUGAGUAUGUCCCAAUCAGUCACUCAUGUAACCCCCACGGCCUUAGAAGCAUUACAGGCAUCAUCCGAAAUGUAUUUAACUCAAAGGUUGCAGGACGCCUAUAUGUUAACCUUGCAUCGGGGUCGCGUAACGCUGGAUGUUCGCGAUAUGCAAUUAAUAAAUUUCUUAAAAAUGUAUUUAUAAGAUAAAAAAACGUAGAAUUCUUAGUCAAAGUAUGUUUAAGAUUAAAAGCCAAAACCACAUAAUUGCGUGCCGCUCGAACCAACGACCUCUAAUUAUAAAACAAUCAUUUGUUGUACCAUGUUUGUAAAUUGGUGUUCAUGUUUAUUGUUAUCAAAGUAAUUGCAAUCAAAUAUGUAUAACUUAAACAACGUUAAAAAACAAUUUGUUACAUAAAAUUACAUAAAAAAUUAA